AUGUCCUCCUCCGUGCCUUACGACCCAUACGUGCCACAAAACCAGAACUCCAAUGUGGCACAUCUUCAAUCGCAAAUCGAUGACACCGUGGGUGUCAUGAGAGACAACAUUAACAAGGUGGCGGAACGCGGUGAGCGUCUCGACUCGCUUGACACCAAGGCUGACAACUUGGCUACCUCCGCGAGAGGCUUCAACAGAAAGGCCAACGACGUCAGAAAGCAGAUGUGGUGGAAGAACAUGAAGAUGAAGAUGUGCUUGAUCGCGGCUGUGAUCAUCGCCAUCAUCGUCAUUGUUGUUCCGAUUGCCGUUCACUUCUCCUAA